GUCACGUGACGUGACGGCUGCCACCGGCUGUCGGCUGAUUGAGGUGAUCACAUUUCGUCCGUGAAGUCCGGUGCGGGUCAACUGUUCGGCGAAAGUAGACGAAAAGUCAGUGUAAUGUAGUUGAAAUAAGAAUACAAAAAUUAAAAAAAAAAAAAAAAAAAAAAGUCCUCGUCGUCGAGUAACUCAACACGUGCAGACUGAGUUGACCGUCGAGUCGCCGUCAACGGUUGUUGUUUGUUUUUGCCGCCUAUUAAUACUGUAACCGCGUGCGACAGGGGCUUUUAACGUCCGUCACGAGUCGUAGUUUGAGUCGAACGGGAGGUCGAGAGGCGAUGGAGGCCGACGCGCCCGAGGACCAGCUUCUCCUGUUCGCCAAACGGGGAAGUUGUGCUCACAUUCGACGGCUCCUUCGGUCGAGGGUCGACGACCGCGACGCCUCCGUCGACAUCAACUGCACAUCUCGAUGUCCACCCAGCGCGGGCUGGACCGCCCUGCACAUGGCCUGUUACUUCGGACACAGAGAUGUAGUGGACGAGUUGCUCAAGGCUGGUGCUGAUGUGAAUUUGCAGAACAACAUGGGCGACACAGCUCUGCACAAAGCUGCCUACACUGGAAGAAAGGAGAUUGUUCUGUUGUUGCUGCGGUAUGACGCCUGUGCCAACAUAAUCAAUGGAACGGCUCAGAUCCCUAAGGAUGUCACAGAGGAUGAUGAAAUCAUCACAAUGCUGGAGGCUGCAGAAAGGAGGGAGACGAGGCGGCGGGAGGAGAUGCUUCUGGAAGCGGCCAGAGAGGGGGACGUCUCUACUCUGUCUAAACUGCUCAGUGGAAAGGAAGCUCCGAAUAUUCACUGCAGGGAUUCGGUGGGUAAUACACCCUUACACUGUGCCGCCUACAGAGGGCAGAAGCUGUGCGUUAUGAAGCUGCUCAAGUCUGGAGCCGGCCCCAGCGUCAAGAACAACAAUGACCAGACACCAUUGGACCUGGUCUGUAGCGAUGAACUGAAACGCACCAUAGCAGCCUAUCAAGACAAGGAUGUGAACAGUGGGGUACAGAAGAUUGAAGGCCCUCUCUGGAAGAGUUCACGGUUUCUUGGAUGGCGAUCCCACUGGGUGAUGAUUGAGGAUGGAACUCUCUCCUGGUACCCCAGACAGUCUGACGCACUGGCUGGUGUCAGGAAACAGGGAUGCACGUCGCUAACUCAAGCCUACUGCAUGGUCAAACCAUGGGAUCAUUGCUUCUUCAUGCUCAGAUGCUUUGACGGCACUGUGCAUUCGUUUAAGGUCCCCUCAAAGAUGGACUCGGUGGCAACAAGAAAAAAAUGGUUGGAUGCUUUCGAGGCACAUUCCUCCUACAGCACUCGUCACUGCCCCCAAGAACAGAUGAUCAAUGAUGAUGAUGGUGAUGUGGCAGUGGGCAACAUGACACAAGCAGUUCAGGUAGCCAGCACUUGCCAAAAGAAAUUGGAGAGUGAAGUGUCAACAUUUCUAUCCAUGGUGAAGAAUGAGGAGAAUUUAGCACUGGCUGCCCCUCUUCUCCUGAAGGCCAAAGAGACAAGUGAGCUUUCCAGUGUAACGUGUGCUGCCCUCCAUCAGUGCCUGGAACUGUUGUCAAAACAGGAAGAGGUGUGGAGCCUGAAGUUGGAGCAGGAGGUGGAGAAGAAUAAAGCUCUGACGGAGGCUCUGCAAACUUUGGCGACUGAGCACCACCAACUCAAGAAUUCCCUGAGCAAGAGCAGGAGGUCAUCGACCCUCAGAACUCUCACGGAAGAUGACUUCUACGACGCUGAAUCAGAUUCCGAGUCGGAGCUCUCUGUGAGCGGAUUCCUGUCUGUGGCCAGUCACUCUUGUGAAGAAGACGAGGGGAGAGACACCCCCCUUCUCAGCAGCCUCCGCCAUCCCAGCGCGCUCAGGGGGCCUACCGGAAUGUCAGGGGAGUGUCACCAUGGCAACCAACCAGCCCAGAACAAUGGAGUCAAGAAGCACAGAACAUCUCUACCGUCUCCCAUGUUCUCCAGGAAUGACGUCAGCAUCUGGAGCAUCCUAAAAAAAUGCAUUGGGAUGGAGCUGUCAAAGAUUGCCAUGCCCGUGGUAUUUAAUGAGCCUCUGAGCUUCCUCCAGCGGCUGACGGAAUACAUGGAGCACACCUACCUCAUCCAUCAGGCCAACGCCACGACAGACUCUGUUGAGAGGAUGAAGUGUGUUGCAGCGUUUGCCGUGUCUGCUGUAGCAUCACAGUGGGAGAGGACCGGGAAGCCUUUCAAUCCACUACUGGGGGAGACCUUUGAGCUCAUCAGAGACGACUUGGGCUUUCGGUGGGUGUCAGAGCAAGUGAGCCAUCACCCUCCAGUCAGUGCCUUUCAUGCCGAGGGCUUCAAAGAGGAUUUCGUCUUUCAUGGCUCCAUCUACCCCAAACUCAAAUUUUGGGGAAAGACCAUAGAAGCAGAGCCCAAGGGAAUCAUCACACUGGAGCUUCCCAAGUAUAAUGAGGCCUACACCUGGACCAACCCCACCUGUUGUGUCCACAACAUCAUUGUCGGGCAGCUUUGGAUUGAGCAGUACGGAAACGUGGAAGUGAUCAAUCACAAGACGGGAGAGAGAUGCAGCAUGACGUUCAAGCCCUGUGGCCUCUUUGGAAAAGAGCUCCAUAAAGUGGAGGGAUACAUCCUAGAUAAAAGCAAAAAGAAGCUCUGUGCGAUAUACGGUAAAUGGACUGAAAGCCUGUACACCGUGGAUUGCACGACGUUCGAUGCCCACAAAAAGUCUGACAGAAAGAAUUCAGAUGAUAAAAAGGGCAGUAAACGGGGCAGUGUGGAUGAGGAGCCAGAAGAGAUGCCCCCACCUGAUGCUGAGACGGUCCAGGUCAUCCCAGGCAGUGAGCUCCUCUGGAAGAUAACGCCGCGACCAGAGAACUCAGCCAAGUUCUACGCUUUCUCCUCGUUCGCCAUGCAGCUGAAUGAGCAGGAGAAAAGCAUGGAGGGAGUCGUUCCUCUCACCGACAGUCGCGUCCGACCGGACAUUCGCGCCAUGGAGAAUGGAGAUAUAGAUUUGGCAAGUGCAGAGAAGAAGAGGCUUGAGGAAAAACAGAGGAUGGCCCGGAAAAAUCGCACCAAGUCAACAGAGGAAUGGAAAACAAGGUGGUUUCAACAAGGACCCAACCCUCACAAUAAAUGUCCGGACUGGCUCUACUUGAAAGGCUACUGGGACAGAAACUACACUCAGUUGCCUGAUAUCUACUAAAAAGUACAAACACAUGGAAAUCUACUUGUACCACGUUUGGACUAUCUGCUGAUCUUGGGUUUGUGCUGAGGCCAAAGUGUCAGUAUGUUGGUAUGAACAAGCAGGUAGAGAAUAAGGUUCAAUUUGUGAAAAUAUGCUUAAAACACAUCUUUUAAAAGAGCCCAGAGGCAUAUAUUCUCUGCUAGAUACGUGUGAACAGUGAAGCACAAAAACUCUUUUGCUCAUUUAUUGUGGUUCUCGACCACGUAAGUAUGGUGUCAGCAUAUACUGGAGGGGGGGAAAACUAGAAUGUAUUUUGGAAAUAUUUAAUGUCAGAUAGGUGGAGUGUUUGAACAGCAACCUCAGUUUUACUGUUUGUAGUUUGUCCCAAGUUCCUACUGGUUAUGAAAACAUUUUCCUCCUCGGCUUCUUUGCAGAGGCUUGGUCGACAUUGAUUCGAUGUCUUAACUCUGAAACUAAUUUAAUAAGCAUACUGCAAAGUAUUACCAUAGACCCCUUUGGUGCAUUUUGCCUUUGUUUUUACUCCCUCGUACGACGAGUUGAGCAGAUGAUUUUCACUGGAUACUUUUGUAAUCUGUCCGUAAAUCUCCUAAAUCUGUUUCCCUGCAACAGUGAUCGCAAGUAAAAUGUUACCAUAUCUGACGAGACCGAUGGCCAGAACUACAGCAGUAGGACUUCUACUAUAAAAUAAAUGUUUAAAUUAUGAUUAGUGAACUGUUUACUGUAUAGACGUGUAUAGAUACUAGUCGUUGCACAUAAGUCUACCUGAUUCUGUGGACACAGUAGCACUUUUUACUUAACUGCACUCGGGCAGGGACACUGGCUCUGCACUUAUAGAUGUUGUGUGUAAAAGUCUUGCCAUAGUUAAUCAUAAUUAGCUUCAUGUUCCUAGUGCUAUGUGCAUUGAUGUAAUUAAAAUCUCAACUAUAACAACAAAUGCAUGUGCAUCACUAUAACUAUGCAAGCCAUACCUCCGUUACAAUCAAGCACUGAAGAUUCAGUUGGUGAAGUUGUUGUAGCUGCUAGACAUUUGUUUUCUUCCUCCUAUUUGGUCAUCAAUGAAACAGAAUUUCUACUGUUGCUUAAUAAAAGCUUAAUGCUAAUUGAACAGCCA